UCAGGGCCUCACUAGUCUAGCAACUGCUAAAUAAGAAAAUCAAUGAAAUGUCCCUUUCAUUUGUUUGCCAUGUGCGAUAAUAAGUAACUACACGGAUGAUAUGAUCUGCACUGGCUUUAUCUCCAGUUCUUGCAGUGAGAUUGGUUAGCUGCUGCGGUGAAGAUGGGGAAGUGGGCUUCUUUGUGUUUUGCUGUUUCUCUCAUUGUUGUCUUCAACUCAAGUUUUGUGCUUUGCCACCCCAGUGAUCCUCUCAACUCCAUUUUAGGUCAAGAAAAUAUGGGAUCUUGGAAGGAUCGAACGUUGAGUUCUAACGGAGAAGCUCCGGGGCCUGCCAAUGAUGUGAGCACACUUGUAUUGGCGGCGAACAGGACGAAGAGGCCUGACAUUCUCUCCAAGUUCCAUAAAUACAGAGGUGGAUGGGAUAUUGCCAACAAACAUUACUGGACUUCCGUUGGAUUCACAGGUGCAGCAGCUUUUAGUCUUGCUAUUUUAUGGUUUAUUUCUUUCGGUGUGGCUCUUCUGGUGCACUACUCGUGCGGAUGGAAGAUAAACAUCUUUGGAAAUGAAGCAAGCUGGUCUCUCAGGCUAUGCCUUUUACUUCUCAUUCUCUUCACCUCUGCUGCAGCCAUCGGGUGCAUUCUGCUCUCCGUGGGACAAGUCGACUUUCAUGGGGAAGCAAUGCAUACUCUGGAUUACGUUGUGAAUCAAUCAGAUUACACCGUGGAGACACUUAGAAAUGUCACAGGAUACUUAUCGCUUGCAAAAACCAUCAGUGUGGCCCAGAUUUUCCUUCCAUCAGAUGUCAAGAAUGACAUUGAUCAGUUAAAUGUAGACUUAAGCUCUGCAGCAGAUACAUUGGAGCAGAAGACUAAAGAGAACUCAAGCAAAAUCCGGAAAGUCCUCAGCAAAGUGAAGUCUGCACUGAUCAUCAUCACUGCUGUGAUGCUCGUUGUAUCAAUCUUAGGUCUAGCAUUGUCUAUCUUCGGCCAUCAGCACGUGAUGCAUGUAUUCAUUAUCAGUGGAUGGCUACUUGUUGCUGUCACUUUCAUCCUUUUGGGGGUUUUCAUUAUUCUCGACAGCGCGAUUGCUGACACGUGUUUGGCGAUGGGAGAGUGGGUCGAGAAUCCUCAUGCAGAAACGGCCCUCAGCAACAUCUUGCCUUGUGUCGACCAGAGAACUACAAAUCAAACCCUUUACAAGAGCAAACAGGUUAUCAAUGAUAUUUCAAAUUUGGUCAAUGGUUUCGUGGGCUCGGUUGCCAAUUCGAACCCUCCUCCCCAGGCCGGUUCAAGUUACUACAACCAAUCCGGCCCGGUCAUACCUCCUCUCUGCUACCCCUACGAUGCCCAGCUGCAGGAACGGAUAUGUUCAGCCGGGGAACUCUCCGUGGAAAAUGCUUCCACAGUGUGGCAAAACUAUACGUGUACCGUAUCCUCGUUUGGCCUCUGCUCUAGCGUUGGGAGGCUGACUCCGGCCAUGCACGCGGAGCUGGUGACUGCAGUGAACGUGAGCUACGCCCUCGAGCACUACGCUCCGCUGCUGCUGAAUCUCCAAAACUGCAACUUCGUGAGGGAUGCCUUCCGCAACAUCACCUCAAUCUACUGCCCCCCUCUUGAGCACUAUCUCCGUGUGGUGAAUACCGGGCUAGGGCUGAUCUCGGUUGGGGUGAUGCUCAGCCUCGCCCUGUGGAUACUCUAUGUUAACCGCCCCCAAAGGGAGGAGGUGUUGGCAAAGAUCUCUUCACAGAUACGCCGCGGCUGCAUAAGCCGGGACGGUGCAAAUUCUGCAGCCACGACGCCUCGGCGUGGAGUUUAGGUUACUUAGACACUAGUCAUGUGUUAGGCCGAAUUUGGAAUGGGGCGAAGCGCCAUUUUAAGUUACGUCCGAUUGAUGUUGUACCAAUAUUAAUUUUUUUUCAUUUACUCAAAUCAAUAUAGUACCUCUUAAAUAUUCACUCAAA